AAUGUACAUACAUACAUUCAUAUGGACACAUAAAUUCACUCGAAGCGUUCAUGCAAAGCUUAUUACGUAGGUACAUAUUUCUGGAUACGGUCUAUGUAAAUUACAUUAUUUUUUUCGCUAUUGCCUAAAAUCAUACACAAAUAUAAUAAUUUAUUUUCCAACCUUAAUAGUAUAUGUACAUAUGUAUGCAUGUAAUCCCACAAGUCUAGUGACGUCACAUGCCAUAGAACUUUAAACGCUCACGUAAGAUUGAGAGCAGAGCAAAGAUCUUUGCUGGCAAGCAUUUUACUCGCAAGAUGUUUAUACAAAAUCUGUGAGAUCUGCGCAAGAUCAGCGCAAGCAACUGACUAGCUGCCAGAGGGGCUGACUGACUGACUGUCCGACUGACUAGCUAGUCAGUCAGUCAAGUAGCAGAUCAGCGCAGUAGCAACCAUAACAACAAUAAAUACUUUAGCAAACUGUUGAAUACUUAAUAAACAAAUGAAAAGUUUCGCGACUGCCAGCUGCCAGUGGAACGCUGAAAAUGCUCAGUCGUGAAUUGAAUUACGUUAAGAGCGGACAUACUACUCUAACUAAGCGUACAAAAGCGGUGUGGCAAUUUGGGAAGCGAGCUCGUCGUAAAACGUCAUAUUGAGCUGCUUGUUGAUAUUCGUUUUUGAAAAAAUAUACUAUAGAUAGUACGAAAUAGCUUGCGCGAAACAACAGCGAAAAAAAAAAAUAAUAUCGCAGGUGUUGAAGGUCGAAGCCGAUGACUAAAGUGUGCAGAUGUCGUUGUUGAUGUAAUUGAAAAAACUAAAAAAAAAAAAAAAUAGUAAAUAAAAAAGACUAGCGAGCGUAUAUAGAAAUACGCAAUAUUUUCAAGUUCAUUGCAAACAAGUUGACACAUAAAAAAUAAAUUAGCUACAGUUAAAGUGUACAUAUAUACAGUAAUCCUAUGUGUAUUUGUAUAUAAAAACCGCAACAAAAGGAAAAGUAAAAAAAGGCUGAGUUUUGAAAAGCAGAAUAGAAGAUCAACGAAAAAUUUGCAAACUAAGCCAAGAGCGCAGAAUUAUUAAGAGGCUUUUUCCCAAAUAUGGCGAAUCCAUUGUUGAAAACCUGCUGCUUCUGUCAAUCGCUACGCAAUGGCUCCAUCAUUUCUGGCCUCCUAGCAAUUACCUUAUCAAUUAUAACGAUAAUCAUUAGUUUGACAUUGCGCAUAGAUUUCAAUACAAUUGAUUUCGAUUGGCUACCAAAGAAUAUUGUUAAAAUAAUAUUAAUAAUAAAUCUUUGUAUGACCAUACUUAUAUCGCUGCUCAUGAUCAUUGGAGUGAUAAAGCGCAAUCACUAUUUAAUGAUGCCAUGGGUCGUUUUGGGCAUUAUGAUCGCAAUCGGUUUGCUUGUAUCGGUGAUAUACACAGCCGUGAAGGUCUUCAUCGACGGUUAUGUACUGACUUGUAUACUGUGGCUUGUUUUUGGUUUAAUUACAACAGUUUUUUCUACCUGGAAGCAUUCGAAAAAGUAGUUUUUACAUUUUAAGUUUAAGCAGACGGCAACAUACUCAAAACUUCCAGUGAAAAAUCGUUGUUAUUUGGUGUAAAAGUUGCAACUAAUAUUUUUAAUUUAUGUAUUUAUUGGCAAAUUUUUGUUUUAUUACUUAAAAUGCACUCGUGUAAUUUUCUAUGAUGCCCCUUCUCCAUUCUUCUUAAAAUAAUGUAUGUAUAAGUUUCUUUCCUUCUUCUACAAUUCCUUUUUCACUCACUUUUUGCUCACCGUAUGAAUUUACUGGAAUUAGUGCAAAUUUUUUUUUAAUUAAUACAUUUUUGAAUUUAUAAUAUUGUAUGUAAAUUUACAUGUGUAUUUUUAUGUAUUACGCACAUCGUACGUUACAUGUACUGUUGUGUAUUUGUUGUAUCGAAUAAAAAUGAAUAUCAUUAUUUUUAAUAAAAA